AAAAUAACGUUGAUAUUUAAAGGCAGAAGGAGGCAUUGGUAGCUGUGCAGUCUGACAAUAUCACCUUAUGAAAGUUCGAAAGUGGUGUUCAUAACCCAAGUAGUAUUCUCAGAUUCUCCUUGGGUAUAUUUACGUUUUUAUUCUGUGCCGGUGAACGCCAUAUUGACUGCACUGGAAAACAGAGUGGUAGCACGUGGGAUAGGAUACCAAAUACGCCGUUUGCUCUGGACGUACACAUAUCUGCCUUGAAUAUUGGAUCGAAAUUGAUGACUGUCAUAAGAAAUUGUUGAGUGCAAGCUGAACUAUUGAGCAAGACCCCAACGGCAGUUCGCGAACGUUGUGCGGCGGGUCUGGUUGCUUACUGACCAUUCGCACAGCAGGUGUGUGUGCACGUCAAGUGAUUUGUUGCUGAAGAAUUUGUCUUCGGUGUUAUUGCGCAGACGUUCCAGUUGGGCCGGACGAGGCGGCGCUUGACACGUGCUGUUUCGUUGACCAUCAGGACGUGAGAAUCAGCUGAAUUAGAGUGAUUAUCGUUAGAGGUCUGAUACCUGAGGAUUGGACGCUGCUUGCCAUUGGCCAAUUAGCGCACGACCUCACUCUUUGCAGGUCUCACUUUUGGUUCAUCGUUGACAUUUGCACCGUGGUGUCAGUCGUGGAAGUGAAUAAUGGCACCCACAUCAUGUCGCCACACUUUGAUCUGGUCUCUGCCAACAGUUGCCCUUUUGCUCACUUUCCUCUGGUACAAAAGCAGAAGAGGAUCAUCGCGAAGUGACCCAGGGGGGACGGCUAAAGGGACUCGAAAAGCCAAGAAGCAGGAAGAGAGAACCAAAAAUCGCACAUUGAGUUUGUUGGCUGAGGAUAGUAAGAAAACAGUGAAGGAGGACAUUUGUUCCACAAGUAAAGAACAACCAGUAAUCAGAAAAGGUUCAUCCACAACAGGAACAGUGUGUCUUGAGUUGGGACAUCCAGAAGAACAACAAAGUGAAAUUAAUUUUGCUGCAAAAGUUAUCGAGAAGCCAUCUGUUGAAAAUACUGUACCUCCCAGUGGAACGAACUUUUCCACUGACUCCAGUGAAAUUAUCUCUGUAGGAAAAAGCUCUCAUGAUUUAAUAGUUGGAAAGUGUGAUAACAGUGCUGAUAAUAAAAACUCGCUAAUAGAGCUAUCGGAUACAUCCAAACCAAGUUGUGUUAUUAAUAUUACUAGUGACAGUAGGCUCAGUGCUGAAGAAAAUAGUGGUAGCAUAGAAGGAUUGUUAGUGCACUGUGAUCCAAAAGAAUCAAACUUUGAAGUAAAAACGAACUGCGAGGGCGCUGUACUGCAAAGGGAAAGCUCUGAAAUUGCUGUACCGACGGAAAUAGACUCUGCAAUAGUUUUUCCACCGGAAAGUGACACACGAAUUAGUGGACAAUUGGAAUCAGCUGCUGAGAGUGUUAUCUCUGAUCCAAAGGAAAUAACCUAUGAAAUAAGUAAUUUACAGGAAUCACUGAAUGAGCCAGGUCUUUGGAUAACUAUCCCCACAGACGUACAUACUGAGGUAGCUGUCCCCAAGGAAACAAUCCUCGAGGUUCCUCCCGAAGACGAAACAAUUUACGAAGUAGCUCUCCAAAAAGAAACGAUUUACGAAGUAACUUUCGAAAAAGAAACAAACUCCGAGGCAUCUGCCUCAGAGGAAAAGAAUCCCGACAUUACUGUGUUGCAGGAAACGGUCUCAAAGGUUACUGUUCCAAAGAACACAGUAUUUGAAGUACCAGCUUCACAGGAAAUAAACUCUGAAAUAAUUGUUGCACAGGAAACGGACUGUGACUUAGUUGCUACACAGGAAAUAACCUCCGACAUAGUUUUUGCACAGGAAACGGACUGUGUCUUAGGUGCUGCUCAAGAAAUAAACUCUGACGUAGUUGUUGCACAGGAAACGGAAACGGUCUGUGAGUUAGUUGCUAACCAAGAGGCUGACUUUGAUGUAACUGUCCCGCAGGAAGAGGACUCCAAAGUCAUCAUCCCACAGGAAACACACUUUGAGGUAACAGUCUCUCAAGACUGUCAUCCUGGAAACACCAUUGGUGAUACCUAUCAUUCUGACACUUUCAAAAGUGAGGAGAAUAACCUGAGUAUUGGUAGUCAGUGUUCUGAUUGUAGCCGUGUGUUGUAUUCAAGCACAUUUGCUGCAGGCAGUGAAGAAGUGAUUUCUGCCACUGAGUGCAACGGUGCUGAGGACUUGCCCAGCAGUAAUCUUACAGACAGACACACUGAAGAAGACACUAUGCCAGAACCUGUAAGAGAGGACUGGACAUUAGAGAAGAGCUCUGAUAUUCAGGCAGAGCCAACUUCUGAAACUCAGAGGAAAGAUACAGAUCAAACCUGUGGAGAAGAUAACGAGUGUUCUCAAAACAAAGAUUCAGCAUCUGCACAGUCAGCCAGAAUGCAGACACCUCCACCUGUAAAAGAAGUAUCGGAUGAGGCGGACACUGCAGCAACAGGCAGUAGCUGUGGUCUUGAAGGCAAGCUGGCUGCACUGGAGCUGGGAAAGGGUCGCGAUUCAGCCAAUCAUAGCCCUGCAGAGGUUAUGCUUGCCAGUCCAUCGGCAUCUAGCUACUCAGAUGAGGGGUCAAGUGACAGUGGCAAGGGAUGCAGUGAUUUAGCAACACCACCAUCACGUACUCCAGCAAGUGGCAGUUCUGUAUCUGGAGAUGCUACUGCCUUGUCUGUAUAUGAGUUUGUCCUACCCCAGCACCUUGUGGGUCGUCUUAUUGGCAGGCACGGGGCAUUUGUACACCAAAUUAAAGCGAAAACAAAUGCAAGCAUACUCAUCAAGAGGCAUCCAGACACACAAAAACUGAAAAUUUGUGCUGUGGAAGGUACACAGCUCGAUAUUGAGAGCGCUCUUGAGAUGAUACGCAAGAAGUUUCCAUUGAAGCACUAUCCCAGUAUAACUCUUGAGCAAGUGUGCUUUGUGCCACCUGUUACAGUAUGUCCAAUUUUACCAGAAUGUUUGCAGUUAAUGCUGGUGGAAGGUGUGAGCAAUGAUGUGAUUCUUUCAAGCUUAGUGACACCAGGCCAUUUCUUCCUGCAACAGCCAACUCAUCCUACAUUCCCUGCUCUGAACAGGCUAAAUGCCUGUAUGAAUGUGUGUUAUAGUGAACCAAAUGUACCUCUUUUGCCGUCACCUGUUGACCCUGGUGUGAUAUGUGCAGCCCCCACUAUGGGCGGAUGGUAUCGAGCACAAAUCGUCUCUGUAGAACCUGAAACUAAUGUGUGUGAAGUAAAAUUUGUUGAUUACGGAGGUUAUCUGUCAUUGGAACAUACAGCAUUGAGACAAAUUCGCUCAGAUUUCAUGACUCUACCAUUCCAAGCAUCAGAAUGUUUCUUGGCUAACGUGAUUCCCACAGGAGGUGAGGAAGCAUCAUGGAGUGCUGAUGCCGCUGCAGUAAUGGAGGAACUAACACAUGGCCAAGUCCUUCAGGCACAAGUGUGUGACUACACGGAAGAAAACAUACCUAAUGUAUUUCUCUAUGCUGUCCAUUGCAAUCAGGUGGUGCUUGUCAACCAAGAGCUUGUUUUAAGGGGCCUUGCUGAAUGGUGGAAACCUGAGGACGUUAAUGAUGUGUCAUGUGUGUAAGAAGAGUACCAGUUUUGGAAAGUUCCUGUGGCAUUUUAACAAGUCUUCCUGUCUGCAAAGACAAGAGUAUGGAGGGAGAGUUUAAUUCGUUAAUAUCAGAAGGUGCUUUGCACGUACUGCAAACAAUUGAACCAUGAUUGCUUUUGUAAUUGCAUGCAGUAGGAAUUCUUGUUUUAUUUUGUACUUCUGAUUGAGAGUGUAAAUUAUUAUUUUCAAUUUGAAUGUUAAUGUUUCUAUCUAUAAGUUAAUUUCAUGAAGCUAUACCUUAAUGUUUUGCUGUGAAUAAAAAUUAAAUCUUUGAAAAUAGUGUUUGAGGUGGAUGUAAUUUUAGAUAUCAUUGGAUUAGAAAUAAACUGUAAUCUGUUAAAAGCCAUUAUUAAUGUAUAAAGAAUCAUGUGAUAUUCAUUUCCUGUUACGUAUAUACAAUUUGCUUUAAUAUUUGUAGAUAUUGUUGUAUAUGUUGUUUGGCGUAAGUAGCAAUCACAUUUAAACAGAGAAGUGAGUCGAAGGAUAAAAGUUAUGUUCCAACAAAUAAAAAUAAUCCAAUAUUCAUUUUGAAUGGUGGGAACGUCUCCCAAAUGACUGUAAUCGCCGUUUGUAUACAUUUCUGAUGUGUGGUGUGUUAUUUUUAAUCUGAUAAACUUGCCCGAUUGCUUUGUAAUACAGAAGCUUCUUGUAAAGAAAAUUGUAAAUAAUAAGGGAAGAAAUUUACUGUGUUGUGGUAACUUUACAACAGACUGAAUUUUAUGCAGGAGUGAUCAGAUUCCAUUGAAAAAUGUAAUCAGAUAUUUUAUUGCUUUGAAUGUUUUUAAUGGAUUACUAUUACUGGGAUUGCAUAUUUCUGUACAGAGAGCAGCUCUAAGGAAGUUGUUAUAAAGUGAUCAUAAAUAUUAUUUUUGGUAAAAAACAAAAGAAAAAUCUUGAGUGAGAUGUAGUUCUGUAAACUUGGAGUUUCCUACAGUUGAAUUAGUGUCAUUUUGUUAGUGUUUGUAAAUUUGUGAAAUCUGUUGCCAAUGUGGAGUUUUUGUUUUGUGCUAUGAAUUGCAAUAUAUGUUAAAGAAGUUGGUACAUGUUACUUAUUCAGGUACCUGGAUAUGCAGCCACAUAAUUAUUAUCAAAAUACAGUUAAAGAUUUAUUCAGAACCAUAAUGAGAAUGUAGGGAGAGUGACUUCAUGUGGAUGUCAGCAUUUAAAAUAUGAACAUGUUAAAUAUUUCCAGUUAUUUGCUCAAUGUAUCACACUUCCUGAUAACUGUCCAAAGUUGCCUUGCAUUAAUUAGCAGCCAUGUAAUGAGUUUGCACAAUAGAAAUGAUUGUACGUCAAAUCUAAUCUGACUCAUGAAAGAGCAUCCAUUUAUCAUUAACAAAAUGGAAAGAGAUUAAUCAUCAUUUCAAAUCAAGCAGAGUUCCAGUUUUUAUGUUUACAUGCUUUGGCUUCCCACCUUUCUGGGUAAAUCCCCACAGAAAUAAAAAAAAAGUGUCUCACAUUUGGUCCAUGUGUUUUUCGCUCUUUCAUAUUUUAAAUACUGUAGUAGCUCAUCAUGCCAAAAUUUAAUUUUUCAGUCUUCUCAUUAUUUCAAACUCUUACAAACUGUAGAAAUUAUGAUGGCAAUAAUUUUCUUUCGAUUUAUCCUUAUUUUAGGUCUAUUAUAAACCAGUGAAUAUUGACAUAGAAUGAACAAGUGAGAAAAUAACAUUUGUCUGCUUGCAUAGUUUAAAUUCCGCAGAAUUAUUUUAAAUGGUCAGCAUUCAUUAAUGUCCUCAAUAAAUUCUCAUGCGUCCAUAUGAAGGAAGGUUGUGAAACAGAUCCAUUGGUUUAAUGCUGAGUCAGUUUCCCUACAUUUUCUUUAAAUUUGCUUUGUAAGCAAAAGCAGGUGCAAGAAUUGUUCCUAUAUAGUAGAGACGUGUGAUUUGUUGUGAUGGAACAUUUAUGUAUAUUUCUACAUUGACCUCAGUAUUGGCUGUAUCUGUGGGUUAUUUCAAAAAGCAUGGAGUCCUUUAAUUUUCUACACUAUUAUUGUUUACCACUCCUGUUACAUUACUGAAAUGUAAUAGCAUAAAUUGUUUAUUUUUUAGGACAGUGAAUUCUCUCUCUCUCUCUCUCUCUCUCUCUCUCUCUCUCUCUCUCUCUCUCACUUCCCCCCCCUCUCUCUAAGUUGUUUUAUAAAAAUAAUUUCUAAAAUUUAAAGUCCGUUAUAUCAUCAUGUAACUUCAUAUUUGUGGUACUGUAUUUAUCACUGAAGUUCUGAAUAACAACUUGUUUGUUCAUUGCUUUCUGUGUUGUGAUUGCAAGUGCAGGUUUUCUUCUUUAUUUCUUUUUCCUAUUUUAUAUAGUAAUUAAAUUAAUUUCAGUAUUAGUCUACAAAUUUCCAUGAUUUUUCAGUGUUCUUCUUCCUGUGUUCAAUUUGGUCAUUUCUGAAUGACAAAGAAAAUGGAAAAAAUUGCUUUUAUAAAUACAGUGUACUGCAGGAAUGCAAGUAAAGAAAAAAGUUUUGAUUUUCCUUUAAUCAUGAAUCAUUUAAUUGAAGACCAGUGUUCCAUGUUAUAAAAUUAUGUUACUCUCAUUUUUAUGUUAAGUUCUCAAUAUUGUAGCAAGGCAACAGACAUGAGUGCACAGAAAAACAUUUCCAUUUACAAAUAAAAUAUAAUUUAUUGUUUUAACUAA